UAUGGGUGGAAACGAGUGGAUUAUCUUUAUGGCAAAAUGUCUAUGGGCGCUCCAACCUCCUCGUAGCCGUCGCCAUCUUCCAGCUGAAUAAAAAGUCAUCGUUUCUCUCCAUUUCCGUCACUGGCUAAAUUAAAUUUUCAAGCAGUCGAAGCCAAAACGCUCCCAGCAGUGGUCACCUGGCCUGUGUAUGCUGCUCUAGAGUUCUAGUUUCUUUAUUGACCACAAAGGAUUACAGAGAAGUUGAAGACGACAAUGAAGAAGAUAAGAUGGGCAAUGGACGGAGGCUUUUGGGAGCUAGACGUAUCCACACCCGUAACUCUGGAAGGAGAAGCUCGGGCGGUACCUGGAGACCCGCUUCCACUCGGACUUUCGAGAGGCACAAAACUGUCGAGGUCAAAGCAGAUCCAUUUCUUCCAGCGUUUCAUGUCCGCUCCCUUUAUCCCUUCGUAUUCGCCUGCGACACCUGCACAUGGAGGAGGGGGUUUCUCUCUCCAAAGGGUCCUCGCAAUCCCAAUGUUCAAUCAAAAUUGGUUUGGUACAUUGCUUGGUCAAUUCAAUUUGCAAAAGUUUGUGUCAUCUAUUAAUGAGAGUGGCGCUUUACGCUCCUCAGACUCUUCCCGCCUCCAUACCAUUUGUAGACAUCUUCGUGAUAAAUCCCUAUACGCUCUUGGUUUCUGUUCAGAGCUCUUAUUAACUCCUGAUGAUACGCUCCUCUUCAGCCUUGACACUUACGGUCAUAGUAGGACAAUGCGUAAGAAGGCUAUCCUUCAUCACAAGCUCCUGAAUCACAAUUUAACACUGGAAGCAGUUUCUCCUGGACUUUUUGUUGACAAGUCCGGUAACUAUUGGGAUGUACCUUUUUCCAUGGCCUUAGACCUCGCUUCCAUUGCUUCUGACUCCGGGGCCAGUUACCAUUUGUGCACGCAUUAUAAUAGGGGCUCCCCAAAGCUGUUUGAAGGUGGUCAUACCCUGGAAGUUCCUGCUGCACUGCUUCCUGGUUUCUCCGUGAAAAGUGCUUUUUCCCUUAAGAAAAAUGUAGAUAUUUGGAGAAGCAAAGCUCAGAAGUUGAAGACGGUGCAACCAUUUGAUCUGUUUCUUUCAAAUCCUCACAUUUCUGCAUCAGGGAUCAUUGGUGCCGCUAUGACAGCCUGCCUUGGAGAUAACUCAGUUAGGUCACAAGAAGUGGAUGAUCCUCAAGGAUUUAAAGGCUUAUAUCUUCAUACUCCUGGAGUAAAAUCUGCAUUACUGGCUGAUAUAUUUUCAUCUGUUUCAUUUACAGCUCAGCAUGGAAACUUCCAAAGACUUUUUCUAGAUCUUACUCGAUUUCAUGUUCAUUUGGAUUUUCCUUCUGGGUCCAAGUUUCUUUCUGGUGCCGCAAAAUUAGCACAAGAUUUUUUCAAUUCUAAACAGCCUUCCGUGGAAGCAGUUAGGGAAAUUUGCCCCAAUGCAACCAUUUCUCUUCAACAGCAGAUUGCUGGACCUUUCAGUUUCAGAGUUGAUUCUGGAAUUGUAAUUGAUUGGAAGAACAAAGAUUGGCAUUUGCGAACGCAUGAUCCAGUGUUUGCCAUGGAGUAUGCAUUGCAGGCCCUUGGUUCAGUGAAAGCUAUCGCUUGGUAUUCCCCAAAGCAACAAGAAUUUAUGCUGGAACUUAGGUUUUUUGAGUAGUAAAUUAUGGAUGUCUAUAGAUUCCCUUUUCUUGAUUCAUUAUAGAGAUGCCUUUUGUUCCUGAA